UACAUAUAUUUUGUUUUUUUACUGACAGAAGUUCUCAGUUAAAAUUACGGUGGUGAAUAGAUAAUACCAACAUAAGCAGUGAAGACGUCGAAAUUGGUCUUGUGAGUAGUAGCCACAGGUAUAAAACCAACGCUUCUGAAAGACUCCAUUUGCGGUCUGGUAAACUGUGAUGUUCGUGAAGAAGACUGUCAUCUGGGUUGUUCCAUGUAGUUUCAUAGCACCUUUGACACGUCAGUAAAUUUCAACCAGACUACAAAGCGCCAAAAAACCAGAAGAGAGACAUUCAUAUAUUCACCGUCAAAUCCUACACAUUUCACUGUUUCUACUGCUAUGUUGGUAAUCUGUAUUCCGUUACAGUGACUGACUGCAUGCAAUCUAUGAUCGACGGUGCCUAGAACACAGCAUAACAUGAAACCUGUGGUAGUGUGUUUCAGUAUUAAAGGUGUGUAAGUAGUGCGACCAAAAUACAGUUUACUUGAAACAAAUCGUAAAUUCUUGUACAAUAGAUAUCAUUUAUUUCCUUCAAAAGACAAUGAACUGUUAAGCAGCAAUGGAAGAACUCUGUCUUAUUCCUACAAAAUGUUCUGCACUCCAGAAAGUGGAAGCUAAUGACCUUCUAGUAGUUGUCCAUAAAAGUAAACAGAAACAUGUUGAAAGAAAGCCAGUUCUUACGGACCAAUUGAAAGUAGAGAAAAGGGAAAUGGACAUGAAGAAGGUUCGUUACGAUGUUUUCAAAUUUGGAAUGUCGGGCUUUAAAGCAGAAAGGAAGGAAGAAGUUAAAGUAGCACUAGCGAUCAGACUAGGAGCUGUACCACCAAAAAACAAAUGUUAUAAUUAUAAGGAAUACAAGCUUAUGAAAGAGAAGCAAUUAAAAGAAUUGUCAGAACAGCGAAAAUUGUUUGCAGUUAGGAAGACUAAAGCUGGGAAGCCAAGUACCAAAGGCAAGAAGAAAUUUGUGAGUGGACAAGGGAAGAAAAAUAAAGAUGGAAUUUUGGACCCAUAUGGAAAACCAGGAAAAGCUCAAACCUCUGUGAAAGUGAGGAAGCGGUAAUGAAGAACAUUGAAAAUCGUGUAUCAUCAUCAGUAUUUGUAUUUUUGUAAUAAAAGAUUUUUAAGUGUUGAAUAUUGUAAAAUAAAGCGAGUCUGUGAUGUA